GGAGCAACGAAACACAGGGGCAACAAGAAACAGACAGACAGUUCAUGGUGAGAUUCCAGCAGAACUGCGUGGUCAGCUUGCAUUAGCUCCUCCGCGAUUGGUUUGACCAGGAGAGGAAACAGAGAAGGAUACAAAUCGCUCAAGCCAUUAAAAAAAAUGGAACGGUGACGGCGCACAUGGAUGCUCCCAGCUCCUACUACUUAGCUGCCGAGGCGGCGGAUCGACCGAUCGAGUAGCUACAUACUGGGCGCGCGCCGCGAUCGAGAAACAGAGAGUGGAUCACGGUCGCUGACCUCUGCCCUCCCCACUCCACGCGCGCUCGCGGAUCUCGGUCGCGUCGCGCGCCAUGGCCAGCGGCGGGGCGCCGUGGCUGGAGCGGUGCGGGCCGAGCGUGGGGAUGGUGCUGGUGCAGCUGUUCUACGCGCUGGUGGACGUGGCGCUGAAGACGGCGUACGGGCUGGGCAUGCGCCCCAUCGUCUUCGUCGCCUACCGCCAGGGGAUCGCCGCCGCCACGCUCCUCCUCGCGUCGCUCGCCGCCAGGGGGUGCACGCUGCGGCCCAUGGCCGUCGGCGCGCGGGGCUUCGCGCUGCUCUUCGCGGCGUCCCUAGCCACCGCCACUGGCCAGUACUUGUACCUCCAGGGCCUCCACCUGGCUUCGCCGUCCAUGGCCAGGGCCACCACCAACCUCGCUCCAGGCAUCACCUUCGCCAUUGCCGCCGUCAUCGGGCUAGAGAAGGUGGACAUCAGGAGCCCGAGGAGCGUGGCCAAGAUCGUCGGCACCGCCAUCUGCCUCGCGGGAGCAGCAUCCAUGGCGUUCUUCAAGGGCCCGGCGCUCCUCGGCGCGGCUCUUCCCUCGACCACCAGCGACAACAGCGACUGGGUCAAGGGAGGCAUCUACCUCGUGGGAAACGCCAUCUGCGUCUCCAUCUGGUACAUCUUGCAGGUGCCCGUCUGCAAGUCGUACCUGGACCCUGUGUCUCUGGCGACCUGGAUGUGCCUCCUGGCCACCUUGCAGUGCGCCGCCAUGGCGCUGUUCCUGGAGCCCAACAACUACCUGGAGAUCUGGAAGCUGAACUCGCUCUGGGAGUUCCCCUGCAUCCUGUACGGAGGCGUGUUUGCCUCUGGCGCCAACUUCUUCCUCCAGUCGUGGUGCAUAGCGGUGAAAGGGCCCCUCUACAGCGCCAUCUUUACGCCGCUGAGCGCCGUCAUCACGGCGACACUGUCCACGCUCUUCCUGAACGAACAGCUCCAUGUUGGAAGCGUCCUAGGUGCGGUUACGAUCAUCGCGGGGCUGUACGUCGUGCUAUGGGGUAAAGCGGAAGAUGCGAACGGCGGACAGGUCGGAUCCAAGCAGACGGCAGAUGCGGAUGGCAUCGCUGUCACAGUAGACACUCCGACCAAUCUUUCAGAACCGUUGCUACCGACAGUGGCUGAGCCAGUGUUUUGAACUUGAGUCUUGGGAUUUGGGAAUACCCAAGUUCAAAGGGAAAUUUUUUUCCCCAAUGCAUAACAAUAUAGGAUUUCUUAUUCGUUUUUGAAGUCCAAAAGAAAUCUACAGGAAACAAAUGUGCGUACUAUCAAA